CGUCAAAUAGCACUAAAAAUUUGUCACUUGAGCAGGCAACCUACCGGGGUUUCCGCAAUCAGCAGCUUCCCUCGCCCCACGCUUCGAGAUCUCCAGUUGGCAUCUUGGGGUUCUCCUGGCCUCUGGUCUCUGGCCUCCGACCAACCAUGAAAACGUUCAUUUGGGGCCCCUUACGCCUCGGGGGCGGGGGCUCGAGGGGACGCGUUGCUCUUGUGUUUUCUGGGGCGUUGCUAGAGCUGAUAUGGGGCCCUUCUGCUCCCCCACCGGCGCUCCCACAACUCGAGUUCCCUCCACCCCCCGUAGGUUGCCAGCGCCCCAGCCAGGGCCUGUACGCCUUUAGCCCGGGAAUGGGGGUGUCCUUCUCGCAGAAGGGAAGUUUAGCACUGCUUUACACCAGUGCUAAACUUCCCUUCUGCGAGAAGGACACCCCAUUGCCGGGUAAAGGCGUACGGGCCCCUGGCAUCGGGCGUGGCAACCUACGGCGGUGGAGGGAACUGGGAGUGGUGGGGCGCGGUGGGGGAGCAGAAGGGCCCCAUAUCCUGAAGGACCCCCGGGAAGCCGCAACACUGGAGUAUAAGCAGCGGGGCCUCAAGCCCCACCAUGCGCCCUCGCCCCUCCCGACCUCAAGGCGGGAUACACCCCCUCUAGCAACAGCACCAGCAACAGCAAGAGCAACGCUUUCCUCCUCGAGCGCCGCCGCCGAGCGCGUCAAGCGGCCCAUAAACGCCUUCAUGGUGUGGUCGAGAGGCCCAAAGGACGCAAGAGGCCAGGAGAACCCCAAGAUGCACAACUCGGAGAUCUCGAAGCGCCUGGGGGCCCGAGUGGAAGCUCCCGGGUCGGAGACGGAGAAGCGGCCUUUCAUCGACGAGGCCAAGAGACUGCGCGCCGUCCACAUGAAGGAACACCCAGACUACAAGUACAGGUACCAGCCCGAACCCUAG